AUGUCCCUGGUAGUUGUGUCUCACGUGUCCAAGUCAAUUGGCGCCGCCAAGUUGAAGGAAUUCUUUGCCUUCUGCGGCGUGAUCAGGCUGGUGGAGCCUCUUGGGCUGGACGAAAAGGGCUACCAGAAGUUUCAGGUUAACUUCGAGCUGGAGAAAGCUCUUUCUACGGCGUUGCUCUUGAACGAUGCAGAAUUAGACAACGUGCCAAUUGUCGUGAGCGAAGAGAAAUUGCCCACAUACGGUGAAGUUCCAAACAAGAAGGAGGUUGCUGGCGAUAACAAGAUCCAAAGUGAUCAGCCAAGCGAAAGCAAGGAGAAAGGCGAUGAUGCUACCAUCACGGGCGAUAAGACCUACGAUGACAUUCUGCAGGAAGAGAAGCCCAAGCUGGCGAUCUUGGCUCAGCUUUUGGCCCUGGGCUACGUCUUGUCGGACGACUUGAUCAACCGGGCGGUCAAGUUCGAUAACGAAAAAGGGUACUCCAACAAAUUCAAGGCGUUUUUAACCGAUUUGGACCAAAAGUACCUUGGCAGUCAAGAACCAGGCACCCACGCGAACCGUGGGCUCAACAAGGCCCAGGAGCUGAUUCUGUCACUCUCCCAGUCGUUCCAAGGACUGUCGUACCAGCAGAAGUUGCAAUACUACUUUGAAAAGGCGUCGAACCACCCGUUUGGUAUGAAGGUUCACGACUUCUACAAGCAGAUCUCGAAGGAGGUGCAGGACGUUCACAGAGAAGCAAAGAGGUUGUAUGAAUUGAAGAAGGCGGACAAACCCUCUGCUACGGGAGAUGCAGCCGCCUCCGAAGCUGCUCCGGAUGCCGCUCCUAUUUCUGAGAAACAGUAG